CCUCCCUUCUCUUUCUUCCUCCUUGUUCAACUCAGCUUACGUCGAACAUGGUGCAUUGUGCAUAUCUCUUAGCGCUGCUGUGCAUUAGCGUUUGCCUCACAGUCGCAAGUGCAAGCCUGCCUCUUGCCUCGGACGCAUCUAGAGACAUCCACCUUGUGCGCCGGGGACGAAAGAAGGGUAAUCCCGUGCAGGCGACGACUUAUGGCAUAAGAAAGGACCCAGAGGAAGAGAAGCAUAGCUUCCCCGAGGAAGCAGAGAACCGGGCUGGACCCGAUCUCUCCCCAAAUCUUGUGACACCGCCCUUUUCGCACAGCAAGGAUAGUCCCUUCCAUGAUUACCAUCGGCAUAGCGAGAUUGACAAAGGAGCUGCGCUUCUGCUGUCGCUUUCAAAGCCUAUGGUCAACCGCGAAGAAAUGUACCUUGGACCGCCAGAGACCACAUUGUCAUCUUUUGCAACGACAAAGAAAAGACGUAUCAGCGAGGCAGAGACUACCAGCAGAAAAGAGGACCAAAUGAGGACCAAGUCACUGUCGAGCUCCUCUUCUGCACAGACGAAGAGCACCGACGAUUCGGUAGAAGGAUCAUCUGACGAAGAAGUGACAAGCAAGAGGCGCGAGAAACCUUUGCUUCCUGGUCUCAUCAAGAAAAGGGGGGUUCCCGAUCUCAAUGAACCAGCCCUCGAGCAAGAGUGGUCCAGUGGGCGGCCCUCAGAGGCCCCAUUGGCACCAGAGAAGAGCACGCCUUCCAGUCCGGACAGAUUGGCGUGGGAACAGGGAGAAAGAGCAACAAUGACAGCUCCGCGAUUUUCAAGAGGCUUCGACCUCAAUGGACCCGCACACUCAGCUUCGACUGCCGCCGAGGAACAGCAGCACUUCAAUAAAGCGCCGCCCGUGACUGGCCCUCAAGAACCAGGCAAACACAUAAGAGUCGCUUCAUCUGAUACACAAGCUGUCCAUUCGAUCGCACUCAAUGAUCUCACUAAUUACGGCGAAGGCGAAACAUCCAGCGGAACCAGUCGGAGAAGAACAAGUACACACGAGGCAAGUGGUACAUCUGGGCCUCCAAGCCCAAAGCAUUCCUUCGAUCUCAAUGAGCUGUUCGUAGACAAUGGCGAAUCAAGCGAGCACGGGAUUAUGUCCUCGUCCUCAGUGCGAAGGGCAAAGAAGAAGAUGGGCGAGACCGACGAAGUGACAAGCUCCCAUCAUUCGAGGGGUAGUCGCUCGUCUUCGCCGUCGUCAUCGCUCCCAACGACAAGUGCCGCUAUUCAGGAGCCGGACCUUUGGAGCUGGAACCACGAUGGAAAGUUCAAUCGGACACGGAGCAAGCGCCUCAAGUCAAGCCGUUUCACCACCGGCACCCCCAUUUUCGCGAGCUCCAGCCGAGGGAAAGAGUUUUCGAAGACUUGCCGCCCUCGCCAUACUCACCGCCUUCUUCACCACACUCGGCGCCCUCUUCACCACCUUGGAUUCCACCAUCCCGCGCUCUCAGCCCAAAGCAGAAUCUUCCCAAGGGAUCGGCUCCUUCGACGCCUAGUCCACGGAGGGACGGACGUCGUGCGAAGAUCGCACAGGGCGCAGAGUCUCCCUUGCACUCCAAGAAGGGUAGGGCUACUCUUGAAGAAUUAGAAGAGGGGCCGUCUCUUGAAGAGUUGAAUCGCCUAAACCUCGUGAAAACAGAGGACAAAGUUAACUGGUGGUUUCGGUACGGGGUCAAACACUAUCCGAAACUCUUUAUCUCAAAAGCGG